GGGAAGCCAUAAAAGCUCACCCAUACUUGAAGAACUCUGAAGAUGAGAAAGACAGCUGUCACCAUGAAGACACUUGUACUGCUCACGCUGAUGUGUUUCCUGCAAGUCAGCAUGUGUUCAGUCGUACACAUCAUGUUCAAGAACAACGGAUGCUGCAGCAAAAGCAUAGAAAUAUGUAUCCCAUUGAAAAAGGUCCAGCAUGUAGGAAGAACAUCACAGGGAUGCACGCACCAAGCCAUUGUAGUCAAAACAGUGGAGGAUAACAAGUUUUGCCUUAAGCCCAGCUGGAAGUGGGCAAAAUAUCUGUUGCAAGAAUUUGAGGGCUCAUCAGUCAACAACACAUCUCCACCGGAACGCUGUGUCAAAUCAAGGGAUUAUUGAAGUCAUGUGAGGAGGAAGUUCCUUCAUGUCAGUUUUGACAUGAGAGUCCUGUGUGUAAUACUCUGUAUGCUGUACAAUGAGGACCAGGGGGUGGUUAACAAAGCAAUAGGAAACAUUUUGUACAUUAGAGAUUUUUAAAUGCUGUAUCUCAACAAAACAUAUUAGCUUCGUAUUAAAAGGUGAAAAAUUUAAUUAGCAGAAUAUCUGACAAUGUAUCCAUUUAAAAAUACAAUAUUUUCACUGUUGAAGACCAAUAAUAAAGAGCUGCUGGUCAAAAAUGGCCCCCGAGCCACACUUUGGACCACCCUCGUGCUGUAGGUUUGCCUCACACUGUUACACAAAUAUUCGUUUUUUUAUUUGUAAUGUUACGUUAUGCUUUUAUUACAUUUCCUAUCCAAUGUGUAUUUUUGUAUUUUAAUCUUUUUUUUUUAUCUGUGUAUGUUGUGAAUACUGCUUGUAUAUUGUUUGUAUAUGAUGUAACAACAUCACCUGUGUCAGGAGAAAAUAUUUGCUACUUGUUAGUAUUGUUUUGGAUAUUCAUUUAAAUUGGAAUGUUUCAUUAGGUGACAUUUUAAUACACUGUGAGGAGACAAAACUGCUGAUAAAUGACUCAAUUAUCAUAUGAUGGUAAUAUAUGAUGGAUUCCACAUCCUGAUUUGAUGACUGCUGCUGUCACAUUAAAUGAGUCAAAGACCGCACGUAAUUGUAGUGAACACUUCAUGAUAAUAAAUAAAAUAUUGUUUUAAUUACUUUUGUAAAUUUUUUAAAUAAUCUCACAAUCACAAGGAAUUCCUUUUUUUUCCCAUUUCGUCAUCUUUGUCACUGCUCUCCG